ACGCACUGAUUAUUGGGAGUUGUAGUCUUUACCUGUGCGAGCAGGCAUGGCGGCUUCCAUUGCAUGGGUCUGUGUAGCAGCAACUGGACUGACCCGGAGCGUUGGAGCCUCCAGGGCGCUGCUCCCCGUGCGGGCCUCUGUCGCCUGCCGGGCCCGCGUGGGGCCGGGCCGUCAGCAGAGCACUGGACCUUCCCAGUCCGGCGCGUUCCAGCCGCCUCCAAAACCCGUCAUCGUGGACAAGCGCCGUCCCACGCGAGAGAGAACCAGAUUCUUGAGUCCUGAAUUCAUUCCUCCAAGAGGGAGAACAAAGCCUCUGCUAUUUCAACUAGAAAGAAAAGAUAUGUUAGAAAGGAGAGAAGUGCUCCACAUUCCAGAGUUCUAUGUUGGAAGCAUUCUUCGUGUUACUACGGCUGACCCAUAUGCCAGUGGAAAAACCAGCCAGUUUCUGGGGAUUUGCAUCCAGAGAUCAGGAACGGGACUUGGAGCUACUUUUAUCCUUAGGAAUACUAUUGAAGGACAAGGUGUUGAGAUUUGCUUUGAACUCUAUAAUCCUAGAAUCCAGGAGAUCCAGGUGGUCAAACUGGAGAAACGGCUGGAUGACAGCUUGCUGUACUUACGAGACGCCCUUCCAGAAUACAGCACUUUCGAUAUUAACAUGAAGCCGGAAGUACGAGAAUCUAGCCAAGAAGUUCCUGUCAAUCAGCUGAAGGUGAAAAUGAAGCCUAAGCCCUGGUCCAAACGCUGGGAGCGACCGAAGUUCAAGGUGAAAGGAAUCAGGUUUGAUCUCUGUUUGACUGAAGAGCAGAUGAAAGAAGCUCAGAAGUGGAGUCAGCCAUGGCUUGAGUUUGACAUGAUGAGGGAAUAUGAUUACUUCAAAAAUUGA